UCAUGGUUCUACUUACUACUUAUGAUCAGGAGGAAACAAGAAGAAGGGACGAGAAUCAAUAAUACAUAACACAAAACAUGAUUAGGGGGGUUUCAUAUGACGUUCUUGCCAAUUGGCAGGUACUCGUGAGUAAACAGUUACAAAAGAAUGCGGAGAAUGGCAGACGACCCGAUAAGAUUCCUCAACCAUCGUCGAUGCUAGAGAAGAAAUCAAUCAGUCAACCAGUUAAUCGCCCGCAACAUUCCUGAAUCCAUUCCCUCUCCCCCCCUUCUCCGCUAUAGGAUGAUGGCCACUGUAAUGACCACCCGGUGGAUAUCUUGACAACACUUCAUAGCGCUCCGCCUCCUCCCUCCUCUUCCUCAACCUCCUCCAUUGAGUGGUUCAGGCAUCGAGGCGGUGGGAUGGGAUGGUCAUCCCGACCGUGCACGGUAAUUGAGCCGCCAGGAAUACACGCUCAGAUGUAGUUAG